AUGAGGUGCAAAACUGACUACAUACAGCGGCUUUUCAAUUUCACUCAAAUCUUCUUCUUUUCACUUACUUAUCUCUCGAGCUGGGAGACCCAGGCUCUAAAUCUCAGUGCGGUUCUCAUCAAUGGAGGCCCCGAGGCUCUGGCCUGGGGCAUUGUGAUUGUGGUGUGUGGUGCAAUGGCUCAAUCAGCAUCGCUGGCCGAGAUGGCCUCAAUGCAGCCGAUUGCUGGGGCUCAAUAUCACUGGACACAUUAUUUGGCACCGCCCAACCAGAAAAAGUUCAUCACAUGGAUGCAAGGAUGGAUAACCUGGUUCGCAUGGAUCUCCACACUUGCCGGUGUGGCUAACACUACUGCGACCAUGAUUCAAGGGCUAGCAAGUGUAAACUAUCCCGACUAUGAGCCAAAGCAAUGGCAUCUCACUCUGAUAAUAUUUGGCAUGCUUGUUGUCGAAGCCCUGAUGAACAUGUACACUUUUUGGCUCAUCCCAUGGAUUGAGAUGCUAGCUGGAAUCUUGCACAUAUGCCUUCUGGUUGUUUUUCUGGUGGUCUUCGUGUGCCUGGCACCUCGUCAUACCCCAGAUUUUGUCUUUUUGCACACGCAGAGCAGCUCUGGCUGGACAACCUUCCCUGCAUGGAACAUUGGCUUGUUGACCCCUGUCUGGGGCUUCGUCGGCUUUGAUGGCGCCGUGCACAUGAGUGAAGAAGUACGACGAGCAAAACAGGCCGUCCCACGAUCUAUCUUCUACACUGUCGUUACUAAUGGCGCCCUCGCGUAUGCGAUGGUUGUCUGUAUGCUGUUCACAAUGGGCUCGGUGGAGGAGGCGCAGAAGUCAAGUUUCCCUAUUAUCGAGAUCUGUCAACAGGCAACCGGAUCUGUGAAAGCUGCAACGGCAAUGGUGAGCGGUCUGCUUGUCAUUUCGCUCUCCGUCAAUCUCGCGACUAUCGCUUCUGUUUCUCGACUAACCUGGGCAUGGGCUCGCGAUGGAGCUCUACCCCGGUGGUUUUCAAUUAUUGAUCGAAGACACAAUGUCCCCAUACGUGCUGUCUGGCUCCCCGUGCUCGUUGUCAUGGCUCUAGCAUGCUUGAAUAUCGCAAGCUCGGCUGCUUUUGGUGCUUUUGUUGCUCUCGGAUCUAUCGGUCUCUUCGUUUCUUACUUUAUUGCCAUUGCUUGCAUGGUGCAUAAUCGUUUUCAGGUUGAUUCUGCAACUUUUGGAAACUGGAACAUGGGGCGUCUAGGUCUUCCCGUCAAUGUCUUUGCGUUGAUAUACACGACUUGGGUUACAGUUUGGCUAGCGUUCCCUUCUUCAUUACCGGUCACUGGUCCAAACAUGAACUAUGCGGCGCCUAUAUUUGGUGCUACUACACUGUUUGCUCUUGUCUAUUGGUUUAUCAAAGGGCGUCUUCAUUGGCAAGGACUGAACAAAGACGUUGUUCGGUUGGUGGUUGAAGGGGGAGAAUUGCAGUUAAAAUAA